GUGAAAUUAAUACAAGGCGUAGGAAAUGAGAAAAGCAGCAUUGCAUAACGUUCUCCUUCUUCAGUUUGUUCUUGUGUUGCAUCAGUGUUUUCAUGAGUCCCUUUGCAGUUCAGACGUUGGUGCAUUAGCAUUUGAUUUCUACAAUAUAGAGACAGAUGCGUCUUUACAGAACAUCUCUCCCAGUUUGGCUCCUCAGCCUCUAGUUCCCCUUCAAGCACCUUCAGCAUUGAGGCCAUAUAUAUACAACGGAGUGCCAAAGUUAUCAGGACACUGCUCAUUAAAAUUUUCAGAAGCUGAUAGUAUAUUUAGUAUAACAGCAAUUGAUUGCUGGUCUUCUCUUGCUCCAUAUUCUGCCAGUGCAGUAUGCUGUCCUCAACUGGAUGCCAGCCUAGUCAUACUUAUAGGGCAUACCAGCAAACAAACUCAGAAGCUUUCUCUAGGUGAAACAGAAGCAAAGCAUUGCCUCUCUGAUGUUGAACAAAUACUUGAAAGUCGAGGUGCUAGUAAUAAUCUUCAUGAGAUUUGUUCAAUAAGCCCAUCAAACCUGACAGCUUCUUGCCCUGUUGUGGAUAUUAAUGAUGUAGAAAGCAUUUUAGAUUCACCCUCCUUGCUGGCUGCUUGUGGAAAAAUUGAUCCUACAGGCGAAUGCUGCAACCAAGUUUGCCAGAAUACCAUAUCAGCUGCUGCUGAAAAGUUAGCUUUCAGGAAUAAAUCUGUAGCCAGUGUCAGUGAAAUACCUAUCUUGCUUGAGAAGUCAUCCAUUUUUUGUGAUUGCAAGAAAAUUGUACUCCGAUGGCUGGCCAGUAAACUUGAUUCUUCUUCUGCAAAUAGAAUCCUCAGAGCACUUGCAAGUUGUGAUAUUAACAAAGCUUGUCCUCUGGUGUUUCCUGAUGUCAAAAAUGUUUCAAGACAAUGUGGAGGCAAAUUAGAUAAUCACACACCUUGUUGUGAUUCCAUGAAGAGUUACCUAUCCCACUUGCAACAGCAGAGCCUCAUUACAAGCCUGCAAGCUCUAGAAUGUGCUGAAAUUCUUGGAAGAAAGCUACAGAAAGCUAAUGUCACAAAUGAUGUUUUUAGUCUCUGUCAUGUAAAUCUCAAAGACUUCUCUCUUCAAGUGAAUACAAAAGACUCUGGCUGUCUCUUGCCCAGUGCACCAUUAGAUUUAGCAUAUGACAAUACUUCUGGAAUUGGCUUCAUUUGCGAUCUCAACGACAAAGUUGUAGCUCCUUGGUCUGCCGCUUCCUACAUUCCUACCUCUUCCUGCAACAAGACCACUGCACUCCCAGAACUGCCUAAAGCAACAUCCUCACAAAAAGGGAAAGGACUUUGCUUCAAAGACAUGUCAUAUUCCCUGUUCUUUGCCUCCUCAAUGAUCAUUCAAUUGGCUUUUUAAGUCACAGCAUCCCAGCUGCAUCUAUUUUACCUCUUUCAGAUUGGAGAUAUAUGUUAAACAGCACAAAGGUAAAUUAUCUAUAGCAUUAUUUCCCAAACUUACUGCCUAGAAAUUGUUGUAGCUGUUGGAGUUUAUUUAGCUACCCAACAUGCCUAGCUUUGGGUCCCAAGUACAUCUAUGGAGAUAAAUGUGUGAUGUGCCACUUAGAACAAGAGAUAAAAGAGAAGAAAUUUGGCUUGAAUCUUUCUAGCUUUUCCCUUCAAAUGUAAUGGAAUUUUUAUUUUAUACAAAGAAGAGAGAAGUGUUCUCCUUCAUGCUAUUGGAGUGCCAAGAAUCAGGAAUGGAAAAGUAGUCCCUUCUACCAAGUUGAAAUGUUCCUUGUAUGCAAAUGACAAUAGGGUUUAAGGUAGGAGGGUAAAACUGGUGGAAAAGACAUGAAGAUAAAUAGGGUCCAAGGUAUGAGAGAGCAUUCCUAGCAGUCCAAAA